GGGAAAGAAGGCAUGGCCAUGUCGGAAGACUCUCGCCUCGCGCAGUCGCUGCCGCCGCCGCUGCCGCCUGUGAAGGUCCUGGCCGCGCACCUGAGGCGGUGCCGCCGGGUCCCUGGCGGCCCGUGGCUGCUGGACCGGGAGGAGUACCGGCGCCCCGCUCUCGCCGUGUCGCUGGUGUGGCUUCAGGGCACGGUGCUGGCCGUGGAGGAAGGUGGCUCGACGGUGCGGCUGCGGGACGACAGCGGCCCUUUCGUGGCUCAGGGCGUGGAGAAGAUCCCCAAGGGGCGGCCUUGCCUCAGCGCCGGGAAAUACGUGAUGGUGAUGGGCCUGGUGGUGUCUUGCAGCCCAGAGCCCACCAUCCGAGCUGUGAAGAUGACGGACCUUUCAGGCAACCCCCUGCACAGGGACAUGUGGCAGCUGGAAGUGGAGGAUUUGCAUAGGCACGUUUUGUGAUGGGAACAGUUUGUCAAAACUGCUUCUCAAAAGAACCCUGGAGGCUGAAGAAGCACCUUUGGAAUUAUUUAAUUAUUUUUUUAUUUUGCUAAAUAAGGUUCCUCUUGAACUUCCUUUAGGAGAACUUGGAUUAACCAGCGGAAUUUGACCUUGAUUCAUUUGCUGCAGGUGUGACAGAGCAAUGGCGAUGGAAAUGCUUGCAUCCCAACCCCCUUUUUGGAGGAGGGCUGUCGCUGAUUCCCAAUUAGUCAACUUGGGUCAAGUAACGUUAGCUUAUCCAGUGGAGAAUGCAGUUGUCACUGCUACGAUAAAACAUCCACAGUCAAGAAUCUGGUUGCAGAACUUUGGGCUCUUCUUUCGGCCUGCACUUUCUCUGUAUUACAACGCAUCUAAUGUUGACUUGCCAAUUUCACUACCACUUGCAGUCCAGACAUCUGACUUCAGCUGUAACUCCCUGAACUGAACUGCUACAUGAAGUCCAUGCUGCUUUAAAAUACUGUUUCCUCUGCCCCAGGACAUAUUUGGACUAAUGGAGUUUCUGGACAGCUAUACACAUCUGGCUUCAGGGAGACACUUGCAAGAUGGACGAAAGUUACAAUAAAAACCUGAGCUAUUAUCAUCUUGAUCAUCUAUGCUGACCAUUUUCUGACAGGGGUCAGUGGGGUUCUUAAUGGCUCGUGUUUCAUGGAAUUCAGCAUCACAGCUUAUGCAUAAUUGAUGUGCCUUGUUUUGGAACUUGCCUUGUUUACUAAUGUGUGACUAUUGUGAGGUGUGGAGGUAGCUAUUAAAUAAUCCACAAUCUAUUCCU